AUGACCCGAUCCAAGACGCAGAAGGCCAACAUGGAGAAAAUAGAAAAGCCUGCUCUUCCUGAACGACAGGAUGCUUUUGGAGACGAAACAAAUGCAGAAAUCAAGUACAAGGUCUUGAAAUGGUGGCAAGGAGGUCUUCUGAUGGUUGCCGAAACCAUCUCCCUAGGGAUUCUCUCCUUACCAGCUGCUAUAGCCGGGAUAGGCCUGGUUCCAGGAUUGAUCCUCCUUAUUGGACUUGGCCUACUCGCUACUUACACAGGAUAUGUCAUUGGACAGUUCAAAUGGAGAUAUCCUCAUAUUUCGAGUAUGGCUGACGCUGGCGAGCAGCUGAUGGGUCGGUUCGGUCGAGAGUUGUUUGGAACUGGACAAUUGCUCUUCCUGAUCUUUCUUAUGGCCAGUCAUAUCUUGACCUUCACUGUGGCUCUCAAUUCUAUUACUGGUCAUGCCACUUGCUCCAUUGUUUUCGGCGUCGUUGGACUGAUCUUAUCUUUGAUCCUUUCUCUUCCUCGAACUCUGGAGAAAAUGUCCUGGCUUUCACUUGUCUCCUUCAUCAGUAUUUUUGUCGCCGUGAUGGUUACGAUGAUAGCCCUCGGAGUACAAAACAAUGGGGCCACUGUUAAGCCAGUUGUCGAAGCCAAUCUGGUGACUGGCAUUAUGUCGGCCUGUAACAUCGCAUUCUCAUAUGUCAGCCACAAUACCUUCUUCACAUUCAUGGCAGAGCUCAAAGACCCAAAAGAGUUCCCGAAGGCUCUUGCACUUUUACAGUCCAUUGAUAUGACCCUUUACAUCGUCGCCGCCGUUGUAAUAUAUCGCUAUACUGGAGCAGAUGUUGCCUCCCCUGCCCUAGGCUCAGCUGGUCUGUUGAUUUCCAGGAUAGCCUACGGGAUUGCCCUUCCUACAAUUGUGAUUGCUGGAGUCAUCAACGGCCAUGUCGCAGCAAAAUCCCUUUACGUCCGCAUCUUUGCUGGCACUGACCGGAUGCACAAAAGAGACUGGGUGGCCAUGGGUUCCUGGGUUGGCAUUGCAUUCAGCCUUUGGGUCAUCGCCUGGGUUAUCGCUGAAGCGAUUCCGGUAUUCAACAACCUUCUCAGCUUGAUUACUGCACUCUUUGGUAGCUGGUUUACCUUUGGAUUUACCGGCAUGUUCUGGCUACACAUGAACAAGGGGCUGUGGUUUUCUUCUCCCAAGAAAAUCAUGCUGACUUUACUCAACUCGUUGGCGAUUUGUGUUGGUGUCAUUCUAUGUGUUCUCGGUCUCUAUGCGUCCGGAUCGGCCAUCCAUAACAACCCUAGCAGCGCUAGCUUUUCGUGUGCUAGAACUGAGUGA